AUGAAUCAGACAAACGAAACUACCACAAUGGACUAUACACCACCAGUGAAAUUAAAGAAAAUUACCAAUGAAAAGGAUGAUCACAAUGAUAUUUACUGCUUUGAAUGUCAUACAGAGGGUGAUGUUAUUUGUUGUGAAAUGUGUCCAAGAGUUUAUCAUUUAAGAUGUCUGGGAUUAAUUGAGUUGCCACCUGGAGAUUGGAUGUGUCCCGAAUGUGAGACAAUUCUAUCAUCAUCAACCGAAAAUAAUCGACCAGAAACAUUAAAACGUCAUUCAAUGCAGGAAUUUCACACAAUGUUGACAUUUGCGUUAAGAAGAAUGAAAUCUCAUCCACAGGUCAUAGAAAUAAUUCAAGCUGAGCCAUUUAUGUAUCCAGUAGACACAUUGCAAAUGCCAGAAUAUCUCGACUAUAUCGUACAUCCUAUGGAUUUGAAAACUAUGGAAAAGAAUAUUGAAAUAAAAAAAUAUGCAUCAACGGAAGCAUUUAUAGCCGAUGUUAAAUGGAUUUAUCACAAUUGUGUCGUAUUUAAUGGAGGUAAUAGUAAAUUUACAUCUGUUGCACGUUCGUUGGUGAAAAUAGCAAAACAUGAAAUGAAUGAAAUUUCAAUAUGUCCUGAAUGUUAUCUACGAAGUGUAUUAUCAACUACAAAGAAUUGGUUUUGUGAACCGUGUCAUGUACCUCAUCCACUGGUUUGGUCAAAAAUGAAAGGAUUUCCAUUUUGGCCUGCUAAAGUUUUGAGAAUUGUUAAUGAUGAAGUGGAUGUUCGAUUUUUUGGACAACAUGACCGUCAAGAAUAUCCUGGACCAUCGAAACGUUAUGGAAGUCAUUUUGAAAAUAGUAUGCAAGAAGUACAACAGCAUAUUGAACGUCUUACAAAGCUUUUUGGUGGUUUUACAUAUGCACCAUUAGGAACACCACUAAAUAAAAAGAAACAGUUCAAAUUUGUACCUAUUAUUGACGACAGUGUUCCAGCAAGUUACGUUUUUGAUACUGUACGUUCAACAUCGAAGCCAUUAAAACACCGUUUAACUCAACAACGAGAUAAUCCUCUUGAAUUGAAUUCAUCAUCGAACAAUCUUAUCAAUAAUAAACGUCGACAUGAACGUUCUCAUUCAUCUUCACAACAAGAGGCACCAAAACGUGCACGAUUGACAUCAAAAUGUCUCGGAAAAAAAAUGAAUAAAAAAGACAAUACUAUAUUACGUUCAUCACGUACUAAUAUAAUUAAAAUUGAAAAUAAUGAUAAUGAACAGUCAUACACGAACGGACAUAGUAGUAUUCAUGAUGAGCAUGACACCGACGACGAUAAUUGUCAAAGACAAGAAGAAGCUAAUAAUUCUACGAUUAUUCAACGAGAAAAACGAAAAAUUCUAAAACAGAAAAGCACUAAUAAUGAUAUAGACAGCCCUGAAUUGAAUACAACGAACAAUAGUACAAAAACAUCAGUUGAAUUGGGAGAUUCAUCAUCGAAUAAUGUUUUUGAUUUAUUUGAAGAAUAUGAUGAAGAUGGUAUUCCUCAACAAACCUCCGUAUCAGAUUCACCCUUAGAAAAAGUUUCAAAAGAAGGCACAUCAAUUUCUAUUCCGAUGAAAUCUAACAUUUCAAAUAGCCGAAUGAAAACAAAAAUGAAUGGUAGUAUUACUAGUACGGCUGCUAAUGCUAAACAGUUUGCUAACCAACAUUCAUUAUUAGUUCCUUCUGCUACAUCAUCAAUUUCACCCGAUACAAAAAUGCAUAUACACGCGCUGUUAAGUAAAUACAUUGAUCGUUCAGUUUGUGUUGAUCCAAUUGAAAUGAAUGUACGACAUACAAUCGAUGCCUUAUUAAGUGCUGUUGACUCUUUAGUAUCGUCUUCGUUGUCUAAUGGUAUUGGUAGCAGUAUGAAAAUGUCUCUGUUAUCAUCUACGUUUGAACAUACCACAAAAUUACUAGACAUCCCGUCACCAUCAUCCACUACUUUAGAACAAGAUGCAGCAGCAUCAAUCAGUAAAGAAUUACAAUCAACUAACACCAAUUUCAUAAGUAGUACUUGCGAUAAUGAACGAUUAGCAGCAGUAGUUGUUUUGAGUGACUGUCUUUUACCGAAUCACUCAAGUGAAGAACAACAGUUAGAACAGAAAAAAGUAGAACCACUAAAACUUAAUCACACAACACCAAAUAUUAUUCCACAACGAAUGACUUUAAAACAUUCACGAAAAUCUCGGCAACAACAACGUAUUACUACUCCGUCUGUUCAUAACGUUAACAAUUCUAUGUUAAUGCAUAAUCAAGUACAAAAGACAGUUAUUCUGAAUGAUUAUUCUCAGGAACAAUUGCCCAAACAAGUUUUGCUUUCUCCAAAUACUGAUAGUAUUGAACAUCCAUCGCUACUAAGUCAAAUUUCCACAACAAAACAACAACCGGUCACAGUCGUUCAAGAUACAUAUACAGACUCAUCACAUUUAAGAGUUAGACCACUGAACGGUACUUCUGCAUCUUUCGAAUCUAUUGAUACACAAAACGUAAAAUCGGAACCAAUCGACACAAUCUACGAACGAAUAUCACCGUUAGCUAUGGCUCAAUCACCACCAUCGCCAACCACUUCGCCGACAAUUACGAAGUCUGUUAGUCAACUGAACUUUGAAACUAGAUCGAAUCGUGAACAUCAUUUACUACCAUUUGGUGCUAAUCAAAUAAAUUCGACGAUCAGUAGUAAAACUAUUCAUCCACUUACUAAUACAAUGCAUUCUAGAAAUACUGUCAGACCCACAAUAAACGGUUCAUUAACCGCUGCAACAAGAGUAUCGGAUACAACACCAUCAUCAUUUCAACAACGAUAUACCCAACAACAACCAGCAAUUCGUACUACUCCAACCAAUGUCAGGACGCCAGCUAGUUCAUCCCAACGUAUGGAUUCCAAAACUUCUUCACCAUCCUUGCAAUUUUCUGAUUAUCAAAGUGGAUCUACCAUUCACAAUCCACAACAACAACAAUCACGUAGAUCAAGUACAGUUAAUUAUACAGCUACUUCUACUUCACCAUCAAUCUCUCUAUCUCCUUCCAAUCGACAUUUUGUUCGAAUACCUCCAUUAAAUAAUUGUCCUAUUCGAGCGACUACUGAUUCGAGGACUUCAGAUGAAAUUCAAACAAUUAUUAAUAAUUUUAGCGAUAAAUUUCAACAUAUGAUGACAGAGUUUUCUGCACAAAUAGACGCAGCAUUAGAAACAAAUCGGCGGCGUUAUGAAAAAGAGCUUGAUGAAACAAGAAGAGCCUACCGAACAUCGAUAAAUGAGCUUCGAUCAAUAACAACUCAACAAGUGAAUGAAAUGCGAACUAGUUUAGAACUUCAAUAUUGGAACAGAAUGUCUGAUAUGCGUAACCGAUAUGAACAUACAUUACAACAAAUGAAAACAUCAUCAAAAUCUUCUAAUAUCCCUAAUUUGUAUGAGAACGAAUUAUCAGCCAUAGAGAACGAACUUGUCAAAGUACGAACUGAUGUCAAUAUACGUGCAAAUACUUUGCUACAAUUAAUUAAAAAUGAACGUGAUGCUUUAUUAACAAAAAUAGAUAACUGUUUAAAAUGUCUUUCAUCAUCUUUCAAACAUGGUGAUAUUCAACAAAAAUAUGAGUCAAUACGUCAAAGAUUGAGUCAAGUAUUUGGAACUACAAAUACAUCACACAAUAAUGAAGAUAUAAUUUUGGAAAUGAAUGAUUUGUUGAAACAAAUAGCUGAAAGAGAAGAGCAAAUGCAAACAAAUCCGAUCAAGUAUCCAUCGUUAACUGCAUGUAGUUCAUUGCAAUUGUCAAAAAUUUUUGGUGAAUUGCGUUUUAUAUCAAAAACACUAACUGAAAGUUCGACAUACGAAAAUACUCAUGUUCUUACUAAUGGGUCAUAUAAUAGAGAAUACAAUGAAAAUGGCGAAAAUGAACAACGAGAACAACGUUUUGUUGAACGUCCAGAAAUCAAAUCACGAUUACUCUCUGCAUCAUGUUCGUUAUCAUCUUCAACAACAGCGAUUACAAAAACAACGACAAAAACACCACUAGAAACAAUGCAGUGUAUGUGGUCCGUCGAUUUUCGUACUGUUCCACAUUUUUUAUGCAUUGUAUCAAAAAAGAAUGAUUUAUUGUUUUCUUGUGAUCGCCAUGGAAUUGUUGGACUUUACCAGUUUCAUGAUCAUCAAUUUAAUGUACAACCACGGCCAUUACGCACAUUUCAAUUAGAAACUUAUGUUAAACAAUUAAUUGUCGAAGCAUUCACAGUUUAUACGCCAUUCAUCAUUGUUGCUGCUCAUAAAACGGACCAAACCGAUACAUGUACUAUUUAUGUGUUUGAUCAUCGUGGUGUACCAGUUCAUGAGGGUAUUCAUCAAAAAUUUCCUAUACGUCAUCUGUUAGCUGAUAUUGAAUUGAAUUGUUUAUGGGGUAUCGAUCGACAUCAACAUUGUGUAUAUCAUUCGGUUUUAAUAGAUCAAUCACAAAAAAUUGAAUUAUCAUUGUCGUCGCGACAAACGUUUUUAUCAUUCUUUGGUAAAGAAUUUGAACCAAUAAAAAUAUGUCAAAAUAAAACAUCCAUUGGAAUAUUAGAUAAAAAAAAUCAAUCACUACAUAUUUAUGAUAAGAGAACAAAACAAAAAAUAGAUGAGAUACAAAAUCAAUUUCGCUCAAAAGGUACUUAUCGACUUUGGAAUAUGUUAUUAUGUGAAGAUAAUUGCGUGGUAUUAAAAUUAGAUGAAGAAAUCGAACCUCAUUCAAAUCCCACAUCAAUAAAUCAUAUAAUUUUACAACUGGAUGAACAUGGAUGUCCAACGAAACAAAUCGAACAAAUAAAUGUUUAUGGAAUAACGUUAACACCAGAUAAUGGAAUUAUUCUCGGAUGUAAGAAACGAAAUGAUAUAGGAUCAAUUGAAUUUUAUAAAUAG